CCGCCCGCCCCGCCCCGCCCGGGUGCUGAGUUCACCCCUGUUCUUCGGGAGUCCCCGCGCCGUCGUUGAGAAAGGGGUUUUCAGGCUUGGAGGUGACUCUGGUGGACUACUGGGAACAUGGUUGAGGAUCUGAAGAGAAAGCUGUUCAUUGUUCCUGCUGUCCUCUUGCUGCUCAGCUCAGCACAAGCAGGGAAUACAGACAGAGUGUUAGGGCGUAAUUGCACUGACUUCCAGACAGCGAAUUUCCUACGGGGCAGUAAACUUAAGGUCCAAUUUCUUCUGUUCACGUCCUCAAGUCCCAGCUGUGGUGAGCUGGUUUUAGCUGAUGAUGGCAUUAAGAACUCCAGCUUCAACAGCAGCCUGGAAACAAAGAUCAUAAUCCAUGGCUUCAGGGCUUUGGGUACCAAACCUUCCUGGAUUGAAGGGCUUGUCCGUGCCAUACUGCACAUAAGCCACGUGAACGUGAUCGCAGUAGACUGGGUUUAUGGGUCUACAGGAGCCUAUCCGUCUGCAGUGGAAAAUGUCACACAGCUUGCUCUCUCCAUCUCACAAUUCAUCAGCAAGCUCCUGGCCCUGGGAGUCUCAGGCACGUCAAUCCACAUUAUUGGGGUCAGCCUUGGUGCACAUGUUGGGGGCCUUGUGGGGCAAUUCCAUGGCGGUCAGCUGGGACGGAUAACAGGCCUGGAUCCUGCAGGCCCUAAGUACACCAGAGCCAGCCCGGAGGAACGCCUGGAUCCUGGAGAUGCCCUCUUUGUGGAAGCGAUUCAUACUGAUAGUGACAAUUUCGGGAUCCGGAUUCCUGUAGGCCACAUCGAUUAUUUUGUCAAUGGAGGCAAAGAUCAGCCAGGAUGCCCCCGAUUCAUCUCUGCAGGCUACAAGUAUCUGAUCUGCGAUCACAUGAGGGCAGUACAUCUCUAUGUCAGUGCCUUGAAACAUUCUUGUCCACUUGUGGCAUUCCCUUGUGCAAGUCAUCAAGAUUUUUUAAAUGGGCGUUGCCUGGACUGUGUUGACCCCUUCCUGUCCUCCUGUCCCAGAAUAGGCCUGCUGGAGCAGGCAGGUGUCAGCGUGAGAAAGCUGCCCAAGGAAGUGAAAGUUUAUUUAAUGACUAGUCCCUCAGCUCCAUUCUGUGUACAUCACAGCCUGGUUGAGUUCCACUUGCAGAAGAAAAGAAACAUAAUCACCAGCAUCGAGAUCACUUUGUCCGGCAACAACACCAAGGAAACUGCCAAGAUCAUCAUGUGAUCUGACAUGCCUGUGAUCCUGUGAUUCCUCAGAAGUGCACAGGGACCUAGGAGUGUUCAGCCAGUAUCAUAGUUCAGCAAGUGACUGACAAGGUUGUGUCUUGCCUCACAGUGCUCUUCUGUGCUCUGUCAUCAAUUCUGAUCUCUCUCCUUGGGAUGCUGUUACCCCACACACAUUGCUGAGAAUGCCUCAAGAGACAUGACCCCAUAAGCCCCAUAGCUGCCGUAGCACUGACAGAGUAAGGAGCUUGCUACGCAGCACACUUCCGAGGUGCUAUUGCUUAUACAUCACAUGACAUCCCCCAUAUCCAAGAAAAUGUAUUUCUGAAGUCAGCUGUAGUCCUACAUCCAUCCACCUCUUACCUCUCUGUAGUAAUCUGGGCAGUGUUUCAAUCUACAUGCAAUAGCAAGAUGAGUUGUUGUAAUUGUGUGAUUGAAGGGGCAUUUAUACCAAGAUAUCCUUGACUACAGAGAUAAAACACAGAGAGACAGCCAAUAAGAAUCUCAUGCAAUGCCCUGUUUUGACAGACGAGUCUCCAUUUUAUUAGGUGAAGGCUUCACAAUAACACCCCAGUUUCCUCCAAUGUUCCAACACAUCUGUGCGUGGCUUGCAUCUGCAGGUUGACUGAAUGUUCUCCCUCACAUCUGUCACCUUGUCUUGCAGACCUAAGCACAAGGAGACAGGCAAACGGCUGCUGGCCCACAGAGUUCCCCUCUGCCAGAUAAACAGUGUGACAUUGAAGUACGUUCCCAAGAAUCAAUUCUGGCGGAAGGAUGAGUCGUCCAUUGUUGGCGAGUUCUGUGCA